AUGAGUGCGCCUCCGCUGAUCCGUGCGCCCAGCCCGCUCCCGUUCUCAGGGGGGACAAACAACACCAACACCGGGGGAGGAGGAGGUGGCGGUGGUGGAGGAGGGGGGGGAGGAGGAGGAGGUGGCGAUGUGAUCUCCUUCCACAUCCAGAUCGGGCUGAGCCGGGAGCCGGUGCUGCUGGACGCUGCAGAGCUCAGCCUCAGUCAGGUCCGGGAGGUGGCGUGCUCCAUCGUGGACCAGAAGAUACCAGAGUGUGUUUUCUACGGGAUGUAUGAGAAGAUCCUGCUGUUCCGUCAUGACCCGACAUCGGAGAACGUGCUGCAGCUGCUGCGCUCGGCCUCUCAGAUCCAGGAGGGCGACCUGGUGGAGGCCGUGCUGUCAGCUUCGGCCACAGUGGAGGACUUCCAGAUCCGUCCACACUGCCUGUUCGUCCACUCGUACCGAGCUCCGACCUUCUGCGACCACUGUGGAGAGAUGCUGUGGGGACUCGUGCGACAGGGACUCAAAUGUGAAGGCUGUGGUCUGAACUAUCACAAGCGUUGUGCCUUUAAGAUCCCUAAUAACUGCAGCGGGGUAAGGAGGCGUCGCUCGUCCAACGUCUCCCUGACGGGCGGACUGGUUAACCUGGGACGUCCCCUCUCUGCUGAGCCCUCACCGCCCCACUACACCGACGAUGCUUUACUGUCUCCAGUCAGUCCCAGCAUGGAGCAGAAGAACCAGUUAGAUUACUUCCCCGGUCGGGAGCGGCGCUCCAGUUCCCAGUCGUACAUUGGCCGUCCCAUCGAACUGGACAAGAUCUUACUGUCGAAGGUCAAAGUUCCUCACACCUUCCUGAUCCACUCGUACACCCGACCCACCAUCUGCCAGCACUGCAAGAAGCUGCUGAAAGGCCUCUUCAGACAGGGCCUGCAGUGUAAAGAUUGUAAAUUCAACUGUCAUAAACGAUGUGCUUCUAAAGUGCCAAACAACUGCCUGGGAGAAGUUUCCAAAAAUGGAGAGCUCCUGAGCCCAGGGGCGGAGUCAGACGUUGUCAUGGUGGAGGGUUGCCUUGACGACCACGAUGUCGACAGAGGCGGCGGCCUGCUGGACAACAUGGAAGAAGCGCUGACAUCAGAGGGGGGUCUCCUGCUGGAGGCGGGGCCCAGCGACCUCUGCGACCUGCACGACCCUGACCUGGAUGAGUCCAACCGGGCCAUCAGCCCAUCCACCAGUAACAACAUCCCGCUGAUGCGAGUCGUUCAGUCCGUCAAACACACGAAGAGGAAGAGCAGCAACGUGAUGAAGGAGGGAUGGAUGGUCCACUACACCAGCAAGGACACUCUGAGGAAGAGACAUUACUGGCGGCUGGACAGUAAAUGCAUCACACUGUUUCAGAACGACACAGGAAGUAAAUACUACAAGGAGAUCCCUCUGUCAGAGAUCUUGUCUCUGGAGCCGGCUCAGACCUUCUCUCUGCUCCCCGAUGGAGCCAACCCUCACUGCUUUGAGAUCGCCACGGCGUCGCUGGUUUACUACGUUGGAGAGCACCUGCAGAGAGCCGACUCAUCGGCGACCGGCAGCAGCAUCCUGGUGAGCGGCGUUGGGCAGGAUGUGGCGCGAAUGUGGGAGAUGGCCAUCCAGCACGCUCUGAUGCCGGCCGUCUCCACAGGGAUUUCCCACAGCGGGCACCGCAGCGGACACAAGGAAAUUUCCAUCAGUAUUUCUGUCUCCAACUGCCAGAUCCAGAGAGAACUAACACUUUUUUUUCAGGAUAUCAACUCUGUGUAUCAGAUCUUCCCAGACGAGGUUCUUGGCUCCGGACAGUUCGGCAUCGUCUACGGAGGUAAACACAGAAAAUCGGGCCGAGACGUCGCCAUCAAGAUCAUCGACAAACUCCGCUUCCCCACCAAACAGGAGAGUCAGCUGCGCAACGAGGUGGCCAUCCUGCAGAGUUUGCACCACCCGGGCGUGGUCAACCUGGACUGCAUGUUUGAGACACCCGAGAGAGUGUUUGUGGUCAUGGAGAAGCUCCACGGAGACAUGCUGGAGAUGAUCCUGUCCAGUGAGAAGGGACGGCUGCCGGAGAGGAUCACCAAGUUCCUGGUCACACAGAUCCUGGUGGCUCUGCGUCACCUCCACUUCAAGAACAUCGUCCACUGUGAUCUGAAACCUGAGAACGUCCUGCUGGCUUCUGCAGACUCUUUUUCUCAGGUGAAGCUGUGUGACUUCGGCUUCGCUCGGAUCAUCGGCGAGAAGUCGUUCAGGCGUUCGGUGGUCGGCACGCCGGCGUAUCUCGCACCAGAGGUCCUGAGGAACAAAGGCUACAACCGCUCCCUGGACAUGUGGUCGGUUGGGGUCAUCAUCUACGUCAGCCUCAGUGGGACGUUCCCUUUCAAUGAAGACGAAGACAUCAACGAUCAGAUCCAGAACGCUGCCUUCAUGUACCCUCCUCAUCCCUGGAAGAAAGUCUCCCAGGAAGCAAUUGACCUGAUUAACAACCUGCUGCAGGUAAAGAUGAGGAAAAGAUACAGCGUGGACAAGACUCUCAGUCACCCCUGGUUACAGGACUACCAGAUGUGGUUGGACCUGAGGAACCUCGAGUCCCGCAUGAACGAGCGCUACAUCACGCACGAGAGCGACGACCUGCGCUGGCAUCACCACGCCCAGCUCAGCGGCCUCGACUACCCGUCGCACCUCGUCAACGGUCCGCCCCGCGGCGACAGCGUUCAGAUGAUGGAGCAUUACCAGGAGCGCGAGGAGGAGCUGGAGACCCUGAGCGAGAGGGUCAGUGAACUCUGAGGACGAGGAAACAAACCGCAGCUAACAAAAGAAAAGCACAAAAUCAAUGAAAACACAAAUUUAGAUUUACAAUCAAACCAAAUAAUGAUUGAUUUUUGAAGGAUAUGAGGGAGCUUAAGAUGUAAACACACUCACUUCUAAGAAAGCGCACUGCAUUAACGAAAGGAAAAAUAAAUCUCAUAAUUAUGACUUAAUUUAAUAUAUCUCAUAAUAAUGAGAAACAUAUCUCUGCUAGCUGCUUCAGCAGGAGUCUCGUCUCGUUAACAUGGUUGUUUUGUCCUUAAAAGAUUGUAUUUAUGAGAUCAUAAAUAAUAAGUCCUUGUUUCGAUGUAGAGAUAAAGAAAAUUCUUUUAUUUACUAUAUUACAGGGUUAGGAUCUUUUGAUUACUUUAUCACAUAAUUAUCCCUUGUUUUGUAAAAUAAUUACAUGAGCUUUUUUUCCCAAAUGAAUGAAUAUUGGUGAUCAUACCUCGUAAACACAAAACACGUUUCUCACAGUUACGAGAUCUUGUAGGUAUAAAUAUCUCUUGCAAGAAAAUAAUAAGAUCCUUUUUUAUUAAGUACAAGCCUCACGCUCAGUUUAUUCACUUGUGCUGAUCGUUACAAAUGAACGUUGAUAAAUAAGCAAAUUCAAUUAAAGUGAUCAUAAAGCUUAGCUACAAAAAAGUUCACAAUUACGAGAUCAAAGUAUGAAACGCUAAAUCAGAAGAUAAAACGAGUCCCCAGAUCAUUACGUGAUCCUUUUUCAUAAGUAUGACGUAAACUUACAGUUUUUUUAUAUAUUUGUUUUGGCUAUUUUAAACAAAUAUCAUUUGUCCCCGUACCUCGUCAC